ACCACGCACACUUUGAAGCUGUCGAAAUGCAAUUGAAACGGGAACCUUACCCGCUCCCACAACUUAUUUUGAAUACGGAAAUUAAAUCCAUUGAUGCUUUCAAGAUGCAACACAUGCAGUUAGAGGAUUAUCAACAUCACGACGCAAUUCGCGCACCUAUGAUUGUCUAAUAGGAAAAUCAAGAUGAUGAUAAAAAUAAAAGGACUGAUACUUCUCACUAUAAGCCUCGCAGUAAUGCUCACAGGUUGUGGACAAUCCAAUGAGCAUGCUAUUUUCCGAUCUGGGGACAUGAUUACAAUUUAUUGGGUUUUGGAAGAGAACGCAGAAAUCACCAACUUUGAACUCAAGGACAACAUCUUGGAAUUCGACAUUGAUGACGAAGAGUUGCACGAGAAACAGAUGCUCCCUAUCAAUUUUGCCAAAAAUCAUGAAACGCUUGAAAUCAAGGGAAUGACCAGACUUGAUGAUUUGGCAAUUUUUCAUAUUUGGGUUAACCCUAUGAGGCAAUCACACAAGGAACUUCCGAAAACGCAAUCUACGUAUAUGACAUAC